CUGGGUGCAUUGGUGUUCGCGGCGCUGGGUUGGUGGCUGUGCCUUUCCUUUGAGGUUGCAUCCCCCAAAAGCCAGUUUCUGCCCUGGGGAUUGGUCUUUGUCCUGUGUGGUGCGGUUGUAGGGGGAGGCAUAAUUCCCUUCCUAAUCGCUGGCCCGGGCCGCAGCGUUGCCAAGUACAUCUCAGAAUUGCCCGGCGCGACCCUUGUAGCGGCCGUGGUGGGACUGGUUGUGGGCCUGAUAGUAGCCUCCCUGGUGUCGAUACCCUUCUACGCGAUGAGUGGAACCAUGGGUGUGGCAGUGCCGGUAGCCAUAAGCCUGCUUUUUGGCUGCGGGGGGAUGUGGCUUGGCAUUCAAAGAGAGCGGGACAUCCGCGCCAUCGUGCCGGGGCUGGCCGUAGACAAUCACGAGGUGGCGCCGCUGUCGGACCAGGACACGUUCAUACCGGGGCUUGAUCCCAUUGCAGGCGCUCCGGCCGGGCGUCAACAGCGCGACAAUACGAUACUGGUGGACACUUCGGCCAUCAUCGACGGGCGCAUCGCCGACCUCACCGUCACCGGAUUCCUGAAUGGCUCCCUAGUGGUGCCACGCUUCGUCCUGGACGAACUGCGCCACAUAGCCGACUCAAGCGACUCCCUCAGGCGCAAUCGAGGCCGCCGGGGGCUGGAAGUGCUGGGGAGGCUGCGCAAGGAUGGCUCGGUGCCGUUGCAGGUGCUGGACGUGGGCGUAGAUGCCGGGGUAGAGGUGGAUGCCCGCUUGGUCGAGCUGGCUCGCGGCAUGAAGGGGUCGAUUCUCACUACGGACUACAACCUCAACCGCGUUGCGGAGAUCCAAGGCGUCAAGGUGCUGAACGUCAACGAGCUGGCCAACGCAGUCAAGUCGAUCGUCCUGCCCGGGGAGACCCUGCGGGUGGACAUCGUCCAGGAGGGCAAGGAGGCGGGCCAGGGCGUGGCCUAUCUCGACGACGGAACCAUGGUCGUUGUCGAAAACGGGCGCCGUUAUAUCAACUCCAGCCACGAUGUACAGGUGACCAGAGUGCUGCAGACCGCUGCGGGGCGCAUAAUCUUUGCACAGCCACGCGCAGGCUGA